AUUUAGGACGUUGUGUAGUCGUUAGAGUAGGCCUCUUUGGCGUGGCGGAGAUGUUGGCCGGGAUACUUUGGCCAUCGCUGUUGCUCCUGCCAGACGAGCGAGAUUGGGCGCCACGAUGGAAAGAGACGUUUGAAACCAUGUCGGUUGUUGACGCGUGUAAUGAUGAUGAUGAUGAUGAUAGCAGCUAUUUUUAGAAGGCUGAAAAUGCAGCAGUGCUUAUCAAUGUGAUUCUUUUGUCGUCUGCUUUUUCCCACUCCAAUGACUGGGGGGGAUCAAAACAUAUUAGGUGAGGGCAACGUUCUAAAAAGAGGAGAUGAAUGCCAGGUAACAAGUGAAAUGUUGCGCUCGCUCGUACUUUAUUUCUUUUAAUAUCUAUUCCCUUCAUUUGCUGAUUUAUUCCUUUUUGUUAGUCACACGAGCCAUUCUUCAACUAUACGCUGAAAUACGUUUCUGCUCAGUCAGGCACGAGGAUAAAAUAGUUCUUUGAAAAUGACAUCACAGUCAUGCAUCAAUGACGUCUCGGCUCAGCUAUUUUGGAGGUGCGGCGAUGUGACGCUUACAAGCUGAGCCCAAGGCACUCUGCUGUCAUUUUCAAGCGACGCAAAAUGGCAACCGCCGACCGAGAUGGGUGGAAAAAGUGCCAGCUAUUAUCAGCCACAAAUGUAAUAUGAAUCCGAUGGCUCUCUAGAGCCUUGUCAACAAAAAACGUGUCUUGACAAGAGGGUACCAUUAGUCGUAUGUUUGAUUUUUUUUCAACCAAACUUUAUUGAAAAGCUAACUUUGACAAGAAAAAAAGCAUUGAAAACGCGACACAAAGAGCAGCCAGAGUGAUUUGAAAUAAAAGAUUGAAAUCAAGACGAGCGUGGAGGAGUUUGAAGAGCGCGCGCGCACACAGACAAAAGCUCACGCACACGCGUAUUUUCGAGACUUAGUGGAAGGAAGGGCGGGGUUUGUUUUGAACUCGAACGCUCAGCAGCAGUCACUGGGGAAGAUGGCGGCCGCGGUGACUGGCCGACGCUCCGGAAAGGCGGCGGCGGCGGCGGCGCACACGGCGGCGGAUCCGGCGGCGGCCCGGACAUCUCCUGUACUCGGAACCGCGUCGGCAAUCCACCGCAGCAGCGAGCCCAGUCGCCGCUCAUGCUCGGCCCGGUGGCGCCGGAGCACAGAGGCCGAGCGGAAAGGCGGCGGGCCGGCCGGCAGGGUCGCGGCGGCGGCGGCGGCGGACGCCCGCGCGCGGCCAUCAGACGUGUUUGUGUGUCCGAGCGCCGUGCACAAGUCAACAGAGGGCUCGUCUUCAGGUCCCAACCCGACGCGCAAGAUGGAGCUGUCCAUGUGCGAGGAGCGGGAAGACGUGAGGAGGCGCGGCCUCCGCAAGGACGAAAGCGGCUCGCCCCAGCGCGGCCAAGAUUCGGGACUGCUCUUGUCCACGUUGCAGGGCGUCCUGUCUGACUCGGAGAACGAGGAGCCCGUGUCCAUGCGCAUCAGGAGGUUCUCGGCCUUUGUGAGAAGGAGCCGGACUUUGUCGGGCGUCGCCAGUGGUGUGCAGAGAAGUCGCAGCUGCACGGAAGCCGGCGACAACGUGCGGGGGAGAACCAAGGGGGACGCCGACGUGGUUCGGCUCUCUCGCCCCCAAGUGCCAUCGGAGUCCGCUCAAGACCUGGCCUCCUGCCGCGAAUGUCAGGCGGGGGCGGCUCACAGCUUCACGGCCGGAAUCCUCCUGUCGUCAGAGAACAGUCGGUCGGCCUCGGCGCCCGUCGGCGGCCCCGACCGGCGGCUGGCCCGGCGCGGCGGCGUGGCCGCGCCGCCGGCGGCCGCGCCACCUGAGCGCUCGGUCAGCCCCGAGAGCAACGACAGCAUCUCCGAAGAGCUCAACCAUUUUAAGCCCAUCGUGUGCUCGCCCUGCACGCCGCCCAAACGGCUGGCGGACGGGCGCCUGCUGGAGCCCGCCGUGGUCAAGUCCACGCCCCGGAACCUGACGUGGCGCCUGCACAAGCCCACCAGCUACGAGGCCAGCCCCGCCGUGCUGCAGCGCUGGCGGCAGAUCGAGCUGGACCGCCAGAGCUUUAAGGUGAACUCCAAGGGGACGCUGACCAGCCCCGUCACGGACAUGCUGGAGGCCGGCGGCGCCGUGCCGCCGCCUUCCAACAACAAGCGGAAGCUGCUCUUUGAUCCUCCCGGCCCGGAUGGCCGCUCCCUCAAGAUCCGCGUGCCCGCCGUCCGCUACUGUGGCGACUUUCCCUCGCGCGGCAGCGAUGCUGAAAUGGAGUCGGGGGCCGGCGUCGGCGCCUUGUUUGGACGCAGACAUUCCUUCUCCCCGUACGCCCGCGGCUCAAGCUUCCAGUCGUGCAAGCUGGCGGCAAAGGGCUCGUUGAGCCCCCGCAAGGAAACGGCUGCCUCCAAGCGAAGCAGGACGACCAAACACCAGGACGCCGACGCUGCCCCCCGAGUCUGCCAGGAGAGGAAGGACCGGGCUUUCGCCCUCAAGCUGCAAAGACAGUUUGAGAGGGAGCGCGCCCCCACGGGGGACAAGUAUUUCCUCCGCUCCUGGAUGGCCAAUCACAGCCGCAGGAGGCUCGGCCUGCGACGCUCGCGCCGUAUCAACCAGCAGCGUUAGCUGACGCCGUGAUGUACUUUGAGGGCGCCGCUGUCGCGGCAAAAAACAAAACAAAACAAAAAACAGUUUUUGUCAAUGAAGAAUGUACAGCGAUCAGGAUGGGGCCGAGGAGGAUUCGAGCAGCUAUGCGACAAUAGUGCAGUAUUUCAAACUUCCUCGACACCAAAUAUUUUAGUUGUGAUUCAUGGAAAUACAUUUAGUGGAACCCCAAAAUUUGAACUUCGCGUAAACUCAUUUACUAAGGUGAAGCGAGCCAAUGAUUUCAUUCAUUCAUUCAUCAUCUUAUCCUCACCAGGUUGGCCCCGAAGCGGUCGCCAGCCAAUGGCGGGGCACACGUCGACAAAUGGCCAUACACGCCCCUACUCGCGCCUAUGCUCAUUCGACGACUGCGCCCACGCCGAAGCGCAAUUUAUAAAUAAGGUUUACUUCACCUGAAGAAAUGUCCUUGCAUGAAGUGAAAAGUUUCAGGUUGCGCUGUAAUUGUUGUUGCUUUUUCUUUCAUGAAUCAAAAUGAAAAUGUUAGAUGGGGUGGAGCACCCACCCCACCCCCCACCACACACACACACACAUUCAUUCAUUUGAUGUUUCUUUUUUUCCAGUGUGCAAAACUUCUCUAUCAAUACUCUCAUUUCCUGCACAUUGUGAAUUUGUUUUUGUUCCAAUGAGUUCACCUCCUCAGCUAAAGGGCUCCUUUUCUCGACACAAGCCAGCUUUAAUGUAUUUUCUAUGACGAAACGAUUAUUAUUUAUGGGCGUGUUUGGAAAUACUCUCUAACUCAGUGUGCAAAAUAAUUAAGCGGAGCACGAGGCUCCGUGCGACUGGUGAAACGGUUGGCAAACCAAUGGGAGCGGAGCGCACUCUGCCUUUCCUCUGAGCGUCAAUUUCCCUACUCUCCUAAAGUUUGAUUGCCAUGAUACUGUACAUUUUCGAGAGGAGCUGCGUUUGGCUUGAUGUAGCAGAGUUUGGCUUGCCAAAUCAAACUGACGUUUUGUACGAAUGAGCAAGACAACUUUAUACAUAAAAGUCAAAUAAAUAAAAAAAUUGGGCAGGCA